CUGAGAACGAGUCCGGUCUCCACAGUCGCUCGGGCGGAGUCGUCAGGAUAAUAGAGCAUACGAGCCUCUUAAAAAUUAAGUACGAAACAUUGUUUCGGAGCGAAAUUAAUUCAACCGCUGGAAUCUCUUAUUUCGUCGAGAAACGUCGUUUGAAGAGGAUUUGGUUAAAACUUGCCAUUUGUUCAUUUGUCGGAAAAGCUAUCUUUUUGAGCUAACGCUGCUAGCUAACCUAGCAGUUUUUACGGGAAGGGAAGAUUUUCACGGCCCAGCGUUGACGGGACCCCAUGCAAGUUGCCAAAGUCUUGGUUACAUUAGCCAAAGCACUGGAGCAGACCAAUCACAGAUGGGAAAAUUGUGUCUGAAGCACCGUGAAGGUGUUCUAGAUCACUGGAGAAUCAGUUUCACUUAAAGGACAACCUACUGAGGGAGAGACUACAGCAUGAUACAGUACUUGAGUGUAUAGGUUUCAAAAAAAGACAUUUUUGACUGUUAGUAGAUACUUUGUCAUACCCCAAGAGUGGUUUAUCAAGAAAAGCCAUUGCAGGGGACUGUAAGAGACAAAAGAAACAAAUCCCAACCAUUUUGAGAAAUAUCCUGGCACAAAAGCAUAAGGAAUACUAAGAAAUCAAGAUGAGCGCAGAAGGAUAUCAGUACAGAGCACUAUAUGACUACAAGAAGGAGAGAGAGGAGGACAUUGACCUUCAUGUCGGGGACAUACUCAUAGUGAGCAAAGGUGCUCUAUUAGCACUUGGCUACAGUGAAGGUCUGGAAGAGAGACCAGAGGAGAUAGGCUGGCUGCCUGGUUAUAAUGAAAUGACUCAGGAAAAAGGGGACUUCCCUGGUACCUAUGUGGAGUUCAUUGGCAAGAAGAAGAUUUCUCCUCCGACCCCCAAACCAAGACCCCCCAGGCCUCUGCCUGUGGCUCCAGGACCAGCCAAGAAUGACUCGGACUCUGAACAAGGAGGUUCUAGCACUCUGCUGGAUCUGACAGAGCAGUUUGCCCCUCCAGAGACGGCCCCACCCACGCUGCUCAAACUGUUGGAUGCAAUUGAGAGGAAAGGUCUGGACAACCCUACCCUUUACAGGAACUUCACUGCUGGAGGAGGCCUGGAUGUCCGACAAUGCUUCGAUGGUGACCCCCCUUCUGUGGAUUUGGAGCAGCUGGAUCUGCAGAUGUUGUGUGAUGGUCUCAGACGAUACCUGCUGGACCUGCCUCAGCCUGUCAUUCACUCUGCAGUUUACAGCGAGAUGGUACACAUUGUCCAAGAGGUACAGGGCUCGGAGGAGUGUGCACAGCACCUGCGGAGGAUUGCCAGUUCCUCAGCGCUGCCGCCCCAGUACUGGCUGACACUGCAGUGCUUGCUGAGGCACCUCGCCCGUGUGUGCCAGGCGUCAGCUGCCAACCUGCUGAACGCUCGUGCCCUCGCUGAAAUCUUCAGCCCCAUGCUGUUUAGGCAGCAGGCUGCCAGCUGUGAGCCCAGCCCUGAGUCCCACAUAAAGAUUGUUGAAGUCCUGGUGACCAGUGAAUGGAGCAGCAGCCAGGCAGCUCCAGCACUACCUCCGAAGCCACCCAAACCAACCCCUGUCACUAACAACGGUAUGAACAACAACAUGGCUCUGCAAGAUGCUGAAUGGUACUGGGGGGACAUCUCAAGGGAGGAGGUCAACGAGAAGCUAAGAGACACAGCUGAUGGAACGUUUUUGGUCCGUGAUGCCUCCACCAAAAUGCAUGGGGACUACACCCUCACGCUGAGGAAAGGAGGUAACAACAAGCUGAUCAAAAUUUUCCAUCGCGAUGGGAAGUAUGGUUUCUCGGAUCCUUUGACUUUCAGCUCAGUGGUUGAGUUGAUCAAUCACUACCGGCACGAAUCCCUCGCUCAGUACAAUCCCAAACUAGAUGUGAAACUGCAGUAUCCUGUGUCUAAGUACCAACAGGAUCAAGUGGUGAAAGAGGACAACAUUGAAGCUGUGGGCAAGAAACUGCAUGAAUACCAUUUGCAGUACCAAGAGAAAAACAGAGAGUAUGACAGACUGUAUGAGGAGUACACUAGAACGUCACAGGAAAUUCAGAUGAAAAGGACUGCUAUUGAAGCUUUUAACGAGACCAUAAAGAUCUUUGAGGAGCAGUGUCAGACACAAGAGCGCUACAGCAAAGAGUACAUUGAGAAGUUCAGGAGAGAAGGCAAUGAAAAAGAGAUCCAGAGGAUAAUGGUGAACUAUGAGAAGCUGAAAUCAAGAAUCAGUGAAAUUGUGGACAGCAAGCGUCGUUUGGAGGAGGACUUGAAGAAGCAGGCAGCAGACUACAGGGAAAUUGACAAGAGGAUGAACAGCAUCAAGCCUGACCUCAUCCAGCUCAGAAAGACCAGGGAUCAGUACCUCAUGUGGUUGACACAGAAAGGAGUCAGGCAAAAGAAGCUCAAUGAGUGGCUGGGAAUCAAAAACGAGAACCAGGAUGAUCAAUACUCUAUGGUGGAUGAUGAUGAGGAUUUGCCCCACCAUGACGAGCGCUCCUGGAAACUGGGCAACAUUAACCGCAUCCAGGCUGAGGCACUGCUGCGGGGCAAAAGAGAUGGCACAUUCCUGGUCCGAGAUAGCAGCAAACCCGGCUGCUAUGCCUGCAGUGUUGUCGUGGAUGGCGAGGUCAAGCACUGCGUCAUCAACAAAACCCCUACAGGCUAUGGCUUUGCAGAGCCCUACAACCUGUACAGCUCGCUGAAGGAACUGGUCUUGCACUACCAGCAUACGUCUCUUGUUCAACAUAAUGACUCUCUGAAUGUUACGUUAGCAUACCCGGUCUACGCACACCAGAGGCGAUGAGGACUAGUGAACACACACUCUUGGGACUCAUUCACAGAGAAUGAGAGUUAAGAAGAGGGCCUCUUCUCUCACAGCAAUGCCUCCACUUUGGCCUCAGGACGGAGGGCUGUUUUUUCGCCUUUGAACAGCCCUGCUGCAGGUGAUAAAACACGAAACCCAAAACGGACAUUUUAUCCACUGAGACUUCGACCAGUGGCAAGUUUUGAAUGUAGUUUUCUUCUUUGAGUGGAAACUGCUGAACGUUUAUCUCUCUCUCCCAAAGUGGAGGACUUUGGAGGCCUUUUCCAAAUGGUGCUUGUUCAUUUCAAAGCUUUACCCGCUGCUGGAAUGUGGAACGCUGUUGACAAUAACCUCUGGAGUGCAUCCUUUGUGUUUUGUUUUUUUGUUUUUUGUAAUGCUACUCGGAGCCCUAAUCCUCACCCACAUGUUUAGUUUGGGUUUACCCUUCCCUCUCUGUGUGUGUGCGUGUGUGUGUGUGCGUGUGUGUGCGUGUGUGCGUGUGUGCGCGUGUGUGCGUGUGUGCGUGUGUGCGCGUGUGCGCGUGUGUGCGUGUGUGUGCGCGUGUGUACCUGUGUUAUGGACGUGAUGUGACCAAAACUCACAGUAUAAGAAAGCUAUUCAUGAUAGGGGUGUUCAACGUGACAACUUGAGAAACGUGAACAGACCAUGGAAUUAGCUGAACAAUGUAGCAAGAUGGCACUUUCGAAACAGUAUAUUCUGUAUUAUCACAUUAAGGACUCCUGUACGAACAACUAAAAGAGUGAACAUCUCAUCUCAAAGGAGCAAAACAAAGAAGACGGCAGGAUGUGUGGCAUUUCCUUUGUAAGCAUUACAGUGAUGAACUAUUGACUCCAUCUCUCAUUUAUGAACUAGCAAAGCAAGUAAAUGGACCUGAAAUGGACAUACUUCAUGUUGUACAUACGGACAUCAUAAAAAAGAAAAAAAGCCUAUGUGAUGAAUCCAUAUUGUACCAAAAAAUGCUCAGUUCCUUCUCAGUUGUAUUCUAAUCUGCUAUGCAAAUUCUGUAUCUCCCUUCUUCUCUGCAAAGUUGUGAUUUUAUUUUACAUGUUGCUACCCAUAAUAUAAAAUUUUUGUUUUUAUUGCUUUUAUUGUCUAAAUGUCAGUAAGAGGAUAUUUUAAGUGUCAAAACCGCCAAGAAAAAUGGCUUCAGUUUUACAAUAGAAAUGAUACUUUAUUACAGAUUUCUUUAUCAGCAGCUGGUAAAAUUAAAGAUGAGUAUUUUAUUAGUCUUUUUCACUUUGAGCAUUUUCCUAGGCAGAGCCUGGAGGACUUUAGUGCUGCUUCUGUCAAUAGUACCAGUGAUAUAUCCAAACAUUUUAUCAGAGCAAAGAAUUAUUGACCUUUUCAAUCGCUGCAGUCUAGUGAAUUCAUAUCGGAAAACUCAUUAGCCUAUAGUUUACUGUUUUCAAACCAAUGACAGAUUUAUUUUGUGAUAAAUUUUCCACAAAUGGAGAGCAAAGCGAAUUGAUCCUCUGGAAUGAUGGACAUUGUGAUGACCCAUUUUAGAUGGUGAGAGAGUAACACCCCUUCAUUCCUUACCAACGUAGUAUUUUUUUCUGUAUCAGAAAACCCUUACUAGUGUUUACAUGGAUGGAUCAACUCAUUUUGACUUGCACCCAAUACUAGGCUGAUUCUCAUAUAAUGCUGAUAAAUGCUAGUUCUACCAGCUGAAAGAUUUUUUUUUCAGCUUGAUGGCCACAUUUGUCAUUGCUAUCUUUUAAUUACUCAUCAGGAAUUACAGUAUUCUAAGCUUUAUGACUGGUUAAGUCUGUUUGGCAUAGAGUUUUGCCUCCAGCUCGAGUGGUGUCUAUAUUGCAGUUAUGCAUCCAAUGGUAUUUUGCAUAAAUAAACAUCAUUGUGACACAAGUAAUCAGCUUAAUAACUUGUUAAUGAGUGUAUGUGUUCUGCAAAUCACUCACCUGCUUGCCAGUUUAUCACCAAAGCCAGGUCAGCGCUAAAGUGAUUCGAUUCCUUGUUUUAAUGAGGCCUGAUUGCCUUAAAAUGAGUUAGUGAGCUAACCCUUACAAACUUUUCAGUUAGGUUAAAGAACCCUUGUGUGCCCCAAUUGAUCAGCAGUUAUGUAGGUUAUUCAGUCAGUUCCUGUAAGCAAGUGUUUGUUUGUGGAUGGACUGAAAAGUAUUAUGUUGCACAAAAAAAGUUGCCUUUUCCAUAAGCCUCCUUAAUUUUUCUGAGCAACUUUUGUAAAUGAACAGCUGAUUGGUCUAGUCAGUCGGUUUGACACCUAAGAUCUAAUAUUCAAAAUAAGAUGAAGGCCCAGUUUCCUAAAAGCACUGCAGUGAUAAAGAACAUUUUUAUCAUUUGGGAGGAUGUUCAAAGUGGUACUUGCUUUGUCAUCUGGCAGUAAUCUUUGUGCUAGUGUUCUCCACAUUUAUCUCAAAUACUGCAAGAACUGCAUCUUCUGCAAACGACUCUCAAAAGAGUUCUUGGUACGAAAUCAGGUGAUUAAAAUGAUAACUUCCUUUCAUUUGUCAGAUAAGACUUUUCCUUUCAUGUGUUGUAUUUUGUUUUUUUUUU